GUUCGUUCUUCGUUGUUUCUGCUUGUCUGUCGUCGUCGAUCGUUCGCGUCGUUAUUCAGUAAUCGAGAACGUCGUGGAUGUCCAACGUUCACUAUUCGUUCUGCCAGUCAAGAUUCGUGGUUCGUGAACGAAAUCUUUUAGUCUUUCGUUCGUUGGAAGUAAACGUGAUCAAUUAUGUUACCGAUUAACGACUGCAGUUCGAGUAAUCGUAUUGGCAAUGAUCCUCGUUCGCGCCGGUAAACUCCGCAAGGCGGUGCUCGAGCGAUGCGACCGUUGACGGGCAUUCGAAACGAAUUUACGCGCGAUCAGCGGUUUUGCGCGACGAAGCGCCAAUUACGACCUCGUUGAUCUGCUCGAAACGGGUAAAACGAGACGGCGUGGCGUCUGUAUCGGUAAACAGCGUAGUUGUGUCUCGCGUACGGACUGAAACGCGAGUGAGUGCUUGCUGGAGGGUGGUAAGAGAGGCGGGAUGAGUGCGAGAGAAGUCACCCUUGUUGGCGGCUCCCCUUGGGGAUUCCGUAUGCACGGUGGGCAUGACCUGCAUCAACCCCUACGCAUCUCUAGGGUUAAUCCAGGCAGCAAGGCAGCUCAACAGGGGGUGAGAGAGGGUGAUUUAAUUAGUAGUAUAAAUGGAAGAAGUACCCGGGAUUUAACGAACAGCGAGGCACAUGCACUCCUACGAAACGCCGGCGAACACUUGAAGCUCGGUUUGAAUCAGGAAAAUAUUGGCUCUCCGAAAAGACGAAUUUAUAGAAGUAGUUUACAAGAAAAUACCACAGAAAUUCUCAACAAGACAACGACAACGAAAACUACGACUUCAUCGAAUACCAGGAUUAUAACGACAGAUACAAAGAAGAACGAAGCAAAUGACACAAAACCUGAUCAGAGCUACGCCAAUCAGAACGGUGGUCCGAAGAGUUCCUUGAUCCAGAAGCGAGACGAGACCAAGAAAAGAUUUCGCGAAUCCUUGGAGUACGCUACAGACACCGAAGAGAUUAGCAUGCCACACGGUACGCGAAACCGCAGAAAUCGCAGGGGUCGUGGAAGAAGGCGCUUCCAAAGGCAGCCGACACCCGAGAGAGCCGCGAAAGACGACGAGACAACCGUGGAAAAUCCUGAGAACAUCGAGGAACACGACGAGGUCCGCGAGAUCCUCGAACACCCUGCGAGCUCGAAGACGAACGACUCCGGCAAGGAGAAUACCGUACACAGCGACGAAACUCACCUGAACAUCGAGGACGAUGACGAAAGAGAUUCGACAAAGGACGACGAGACCAUCUCGGUGGAACCUGUGCCCCGAUCUCACAGAUACACCAUGGAGAAGAAACGCAAGAUAGAGAAGGGCACGGUACAGCCAGGCGUGAAGGUUAUGAAAAUCACUACUAUCAGUAGUUCACCCUUGGAAGCUCAGAUCGACCACAUUCCCGGAGUAGGUAUCGUGGAGACCGGCAGUCAGGACAAGACCUCGAGCAGGGCCAUCGUGACGAUUUCCGAACCCGUGGAACCGUUCCCUUCGUCCCCGACCAAGGUCCCGAAGACGAUCAUCGAGCAGGACGAAGGCGAGACACUGACAGACAGCAACGAGAGACUGCAGAUCCGCGACGUGAGCGACAGCGACGCGGUGGAGACCGAUAGCUCGAACCCGGUCAUCGUCGAGAUGGAGUCUGACGCUGAAAGGGAGCCAGCGGAGCUGGCUACGCGGUCAGAGUCGAGUCUCGACGAGACUGAGACGUCGAGACGUGGGUCUGCGGACGCGACGCACGCCUGGGACAGCGUGAUGCCGCGCGAGGUGGAGAGGAAGCUGAGGAGCUUCAUCGAGGGGCUAAAAUUGCCAAGUUACGCGGAGGACGUGGAGGAAUCGCGUGGAUCGACGGAGUGGCUCGUCAGUGGCUCGACGCACAAGAAAGUGAGGAAACGCGCCGCUUUCGAAGCAUACCACGCACACUCCCAAGCGGCUAACAGGUUCUUGGACAUCAUUCAAGAGGAGGGCGAGAAGCUGUCGGAAGACGAGGAGCAGCACAUCAGAGAUUUCAUCAACGAGGAGAUCGGUAAAUAUCGAAGGGUGGAUCGGUGCUACGAUCGAAGUGAUCAGGAGCAUUUCGAAAGAGAGGAAGAGCAGGUUAGAGUGGUGGGGCACCGUGUGACGAUAAAUGUGAUCAACGUGGACGAAGUUAGGGGCGAGAUGUCUGGUCAACGGGAGGAGUCUGAGAGGAAGCUCGAUGUGGGUGAGAAUGUAAAGUCGGGUGAAAUGGAGACUGCGAGCGAAAGAGUGGAAACGAGGGAAGAGUUGGAAGCGAUUGGCGAAGCGGAUGAAGACACGUCAAAGGAGGACUCGAGGCUGGAGGAAUUAAAGUUAAAGGAAAGUGACGAUGCGGGAGAUUCGGGGGAGAAAAAUGCGAAGAUUAAUGUCGCGGAUGAAUCUACGGGAAAUGACGAGUUGGAGGAGGAGGAAUUAGUGGCGAGGACUGAGCAGUGCGAGGGAAAAUUGCGAAGUGAGGUUGAUAACGAUAGAAAGUCCGAAAAAGAGUCCCGGGAUGAAAUAUUGAAAACAGACGAUGGCGUGGGUCUAAGUGAACCUGGGUUGAAUGGCGAACAGAAGACGAAGGAUCAAACGUCGUCUGACGGUGGGCAGAAAGAAUUUCAAGUUUCAAGAGACGAACGAUUAGACGAAGAAGAUGAAACGUUGGUUAUCGGUGUUGAAGAAGAAGAAAUCUUAAAGCGGUCACUUGUUCUAGAGGCUACCGCGACUACGGAUCAGCUAGAAGAGAAACAAACGGAAAUUCCUGACACUGCAAAUAUCAGUGAACGUGCAAUAACAAAGAAUUUGGAGAACGAAGACACGAAACUGAAAUCAGUCGAAGAUGAAAAGACUUCAGACGUAGUUGCUCGAGAAGAUGUCGUAAAUAAAGAUGAGUCAGAAGAGAAACAAACGGAAACUACCGAUUCCUCAAAUAUCAGUGAGCGUGCAAUAACGGGGAAUCUAGAAAGCGAAGACGAAGAAUUAAAAUCGAUAAAAUAUCAAAACCCUUCGGAUAUAACCGAUGAGAAAGCUACCGUGAAUACGGACGAGUCGGAGGAGGAGCAAAUGAAUGCUACUGAUAGCUCAAAUGCCAGCGAAUGUGCAAUAACAGAGAAUCCAGGCGAAGAAGAAGAAGAUGAAAAAUUAAAAUCAGUUGAAAAUCAAAAUACUUCGGAAGUAGCGACAGAAGAAUCCAGAAUUGAACAAUCAGAAACAAACAAUGAUAGCAUCGAUCCUAAAACCGAGACUUGCGUCGAAAAGAUUAAAGAAGGGGAAGAAUUGGCGUCGAAGAAAGACACGCGAUAUCCAGAAGCAAAUACAUCAGCAGGGAAAGAUAAAUCGAAGUCUGGCGAUGACGAAGGUUCUAAAAACGAAUCGUCGGUGGAGGAAUUACUAAAAAAGGAAGAAUCGGCGCUGGAAAAUGCGACGCAAAGUUCAGAAAUAGAUACAUCAGCGAGAGAUAAAGCUGCCAAAGUGUCGGAAAACGAACCAAUCUCGGUGAAAGCCGAUACACAGUCAUCUGCCACUGAUUCAUCUGCAAGCAACUCGCGAAACGAAGUCUGCGUCGAAUCGAGUGACAUGAACACGUCAGCAUCAAUCGUGACAAAAGUGACGAGCAGCAACGUAUCAUCAUCGACGUUAAAAUCUCGCUCCAUAGAGACCAAACACUCGGAAUUGCAAUCGAUGAACGAUAUCACGUGCACCAAAGAUAAACCACGUCCGCCAACGCCCCCCAAAAGAACGUCCAGCUUGUCAGAUGCCGAUCACCAAGAGAAAACAGGCGUCUGUUCCCGUAUUCGCGAGGAUAAUCCUCCGACUCCUCCUGUUCGUCGGAAAAGGGAAACCGAGGAGGCCAAUAACGACCCACCGAGUCGUCCACCUCUUCCAAAGGAAAAUCUCUCUGCGACGGACGAAUCUUCGCAACAGAAUUCCAAAAUACUUCCCUCGGAGACGAUGAGCAAGAACAUUGGCACUCUGAGGACUUUAUUAACGAUAAUAUCCCGCAGUGACGCGACCGUCGAAAAUAUUCGCGACGCUUUAAGCAACGUGGACGCGCUAGCUCUGCCCGAGAACGUUCGCAAGAUCAUCGAUGAUCUAAGGGCUGGCGGGAGGAGGGUCUGUCUCGAGAGUGACAACAUUGCCGAAUUGCGCAAUUACGUCGAGAGCGGCGCCGGGCUUGGCAAUGGAACAAGUCUUGAAAUAACGACCGACUGCGUGGAUCGAGCGACACGCGAAAAAUCGUCGUUGUUCGAGUCGUCGGCAAAAUCUCGCGAGAACGGACCGGUCGAACGAAUAGCGAAAGUGGCGAUGGAAUCCGACGAGUCCGAUAGAAAGAGAGUUUCCAAGGAGAAAAAGGAGGAGGUCCAGGGAAAACGGCCGGACGAGGGUGUUGGAUCGAAGGAGACACACUCGCGUCAUCAUGUUCACAGGAAGGUUAUCAAGAACGAAACGUCGAGCACGAAGACCAUCGAAACGAAGGAGGAAACGUCUUUCAUGCGACAUUUGGGAACACGGGGUAACAGGUUGGAGACUUCAAGGGAUACCAAGGAGAUGACGACCAGCGAGGAAGAAUUCGAAGAGAUAUACAGGUAUUCCACUUCGAGGGGCGACGAUGGACAGGAAAACGAAGAUCGGAAGGAAAGCGAGAAGCACGGAUCCCCUUCUAGAGUAUUGGAGUCUAUUCUGAAGGUGGAUCGAGCAUCGGGCGAGCAUUCCACGGAUAAAGAGAAGCACGAGGCGGUCGAUUGCCAAGGUCACGACUCGUCCAGCAGCGCGACCACUUUGAGCACCGUGAAGUAUAACCCGAUGGAAAGCUGGCAGACGGACGUUUACUCGAUAAUAGCGGAAGAAGCGAGGAAGAGCGAGGCAAAGCGAGAAGCUGAGAGGGAGGUGGUGUCGUCCAGCUUGAAAAGCAGACUUCCUUUGCUGAACGGAGACGAUUCGACGAAUAGCGUGGCGAACGGACACGACAUACAGGUGACACCGGAACCUAUACCCUAUUCACCCGUGGAAGACUUGUACUACGUGCCCGUGGAGAGUGGCACGAAUUACGUGAAAAAUCGUUCGGAGAGAGACCAGGAUAAAUCAGAGCAAUUAGAACAGGAGGAACGGCACGUAAGCGACUCGAAUCUCGACGUCGAUUUAUCCAAGUCGCGACAAACGGCCAUGGCCAAAGACAAUUCGGGAACCUGGGUAGGUCUGUCGACGACCAAGGACCCCAGGUUGCUCGUGUGUCUCUCACCGUCGCAACAGAGGGCCGCGAUAAAAACUAGCGCGGACAAUUUGCUGGAUUUGCACAGAAAGUUCAUCAACAGGCACAGCUACUUCGAGGAAGAGCCACCUCUGCGAAUACCUGUCCCCAAAUACAAAGUGGACCUGUUUCCUAUCGUCGAAACCGACGACAAACGCGAGGCAAAAGUCGAACCUGCCAAGUCAACGACUCAGAACAGGAAGUCCGCCUGUAGACUGCUAGACAUCAUCAAGCAGAAUUCCGACAGUUCGAAACAGCAGCCCACCGCGAAGCCAUCGAACGAAUCGAGAGUGACGUUCGAAGACUCGAGUUACUCGGAUACCAAGUCCUCGUACACCAAGUCUAGCGCUUUCGACAAAGGUCAGGAGCGUCUCAAGGCCACUCGUCUGUGCGACUGGCUGAACUUGGCGAGACGCGAGCCCGCCGAUACGCCUUGCCACGCGACAUCGCUCUCCGAUGAUUUAUUAAUAGAACCGUCGGCUGAGGGAAAAGAGGCUGAUAAGAGCCGAAUCAGCGGCCGAAUUCAUGGCAGUCGGUCGGAGGUUGCGAAAGACCUAGAUAUGACCUACGAGUAUGGCAAACGAGCAACGCCAGGCUAUUUUAUCAGCGCGCCUUUGAUCGCGAAUUCGCCGGAGAGGCCUGAGCCGCCGGUCAGAAGCACCACGCCUUUCAGCAAGAGCCCUAUCACGCUGAACAGCGCUAUCAUCGACAGAUCGUCGGACAUACCAGACACCGCCGGCAAGAAGACACCUCCGCGAAGGACUAUCGAUCCGCGUUACUGCGUGAAUCCAGCUCUGAUCGACGACAGAGUCGAGGUUCCGCCGCGAGUGAAGCGUGUAGUGAACGUGGACAAAUCGUGUAUCGACACGACCAGCAUUUUCGACCAGAACCCACCCAGGAGUCACCUGGAACCUCGUCGAUACAAGAGUGAGGAGAACCUGAAGCACGUGGCGGCUACGGAGAUCAUGCAAAAUCUGAGGAAGCUUCAGACAGAGACCGAGAGUCACCUGGAAGGUCAUCGGAAGUAUUCCCUACCUCAGGAGUACUUUGCGCAGCAGUUGAAGUACAUAGAACUGCUGGAGAAUCAGUUGAAGAACGUGAUACUGGCCGAAGAAGAGGAAAAGGAGGCAUUCGAGGAAUUAGUCGCUGAAAGGAAGAAGGAGGAUCGAUGGAGGGUGGGAAACGGUGUUGAAAGGGCUCGCGUCGAAGAUAAAACGACCACGGACCGCCCCGGCAAGGAAAAUACGUCAUCCCAGACAUCAAACGGUCGGAAGACCGUCGGAGUGGAGAAACCAAACGCGGCGGCAGUCGUGGUGAACGGCGAGGCGUUUCGUAGGCGGAUGUACGACGAGUAUGUGCACAAGGUUCUGGAGCGGGAGGAGCGGAAGCAUCAUAAAGUGGUGAAGAUCAGCACGCAUGACGACAUUCGGAAGAACAAGAAAUUGGAGAAGAGUGGCAUGAGCUCCGUGGAGAAAGAGUUCAUCGAGAAGGCGAGGAACAGGUUGAACAAGUUCGGUAUUAAUUUGGACGAAAGUGAACCGGAAAGCGAUAGCGAUGUCAAAGGUGACGGUAGAGGUGACAGAAAGAGGGACGAGAGAAAGAUGGAGUGGAAGGAAGAGGAGAAUAUCGUGAAGGCGAAAUGCUUGAUCGACGGGAAGGAGUUCGAAGACGCGAAAAAAUUGCCCAAGCACCUGCAAGAGUUCCUCAAAAUGUCCGCCACUUUCGACGACGUUGGAUAUGGUUAUGGUUUUGCCACAAAGGAAAAUGACAAUGAGAACGAUCUUCUGCACGAGAUUGACAGUGCUUUGAAAUACGGCAAGGGAUUUCUAUUUGGGAAAGAGCAAGUUAUGUUCGCUCCCACGUUUAAAGCUUCUUCCGCAACACCAGGCGUUUGGUCACCUGGAAGCGAGCCACCGCCACCCCCGAAGCAACCGAGCCCUGAACGAAAAGAGUUUCAAAAAGAUGCUGGAAUCCCUCCUAUCUGGACGCCUUCCAGCGCCGGAGCUAGCCCAGUUCCUGAGAAAAAGGAAUUUCGACCCGUGCAAUUCGAAAGCCCCAUUCUGAGUCGAAAAAAGCCAGCGCAGCAAGAAAUUACACAGGAAGCUCCACCACCUUGGGAGUCGGAUGUGGAAAAGAAAGAAACGUUACGAAGUAGUUAUGAGAGCAGUAGUUUGCGAAUUGUCAAUUCGCACUCAGCACCGUCGCAAGGAUUAAAUUCAUUAAGUUCAACGCCUCGUCUGCCACGUGCGCAGAAUCCAACUAUAACACUGCUUCAGAAAGCGAGAGAGGGACAGUUACCGAAAGGAGCGGCUUACCUAGAGGAAAGCGAAACGGUAAAACGUCCGCCAAGCGACGAAAAGCCGAUAAUUAAUCCGGGUGAAAUCAUCUACACCGUGAAGAAAGAAUACGAGAGCGAGCCGGAAACGGAAAAUGAACCACCGAAGAAGAUGGCCGACUUGGGUCCUCGAAAAUUCGAGGGUAUUGGCCCAACGUCUAAGGACGGUAUCCCUCUUGUUUUGAGAUCGGAAGUCAAGGAGAAUAAUCAGACAAAAUGGUAUAAGAAAAUGUACGACUCGUUGCAUCGUGCAGACAGAAGCGAUGACUACGUAACCAUUCGUUACAAACAAAGAAGAGGGACGAGAUACGGUUACGGAAGUGGCAGUGGAUAUUUAAGCGAACCUGAACAUCGUUUGUACUCGGAUCGUUCUGCCACGCUCGACAGUCGUCGGCGUCUACGUAACAAGGAAAAUGAUUUUUCCACGUCGACUAUGCCUAGAAAAAAUGGCACAUUGAAAUACAGUACAGAUAUUUAUAAAAAUCAACCUGGCCGCAUCGAAGACUACGAACCUGGACGAUCUUCGAUUGCCGAAAAGGAAGCUAAGGAGUGGUGGGACGAGGUCAUGGACAUAUUUGACGGGUGGUUGAACGAGAAUGGACGUCCUCAGGGUACAGGAAUGGAGGAUCUGCGGGACGCGCAGCUGAGCCACCGAGCUCUGAGUCUCUCCUACAGACCGGAGAGCAGUCACAAUCCUUUCGAUCAGCGCAACAGUCGUCCAGUGAAACCGUACAUGACACAUGCUCUGAAAGAAUCAGGAUACGAAAGCGAUUCUACCCUGGUGUUCCGUCGCAAGACGGAAGACAUCAGCCCGUUGAGUCAACUCGAGCAAAGAUUGGCCUAUAAAACCGUGCAGAGCGGUGGUGACGUGCCCCUUCAUGGCCUUCGUAAACCAGCCCCAGAACGACCGAAGGACGACACGGGGGUCGAGUAUUUCCCUAUCUCGCCCACUUUGACACGGAUCCGUGUACACCGGAAAAACGCCUCUGCUUCCUCUACCACGUCGUCGACGACUUUAUCGCGACAGAAAAGAUCGUUGACCAGCCAGUGUGCAACGACCAAGAAAAUGGACGUUCGAUCGACUAUCGCGAAAUCGAAAUCUCUGAGAGAUAAUCAGAAUCUGCUAGGUCUGAACAGUCCGAACGGUAGAACGAUCUCUAGCGCGAUUUCACCGGCGAGACCACCGUCUCCGCCGAGAAGACAGUCCUCCAGAAACAGCAGAACCCUCAGAAUGUACGCUUCGAAUAGCAAACAUCUAGCUACGAGCAGCAUUCAAUCCUUCAGGUCGAGACAUAAGCAGUGCUUCGCGGAGGACGUGUCUAACGUAGGCUCGCUGAGGGAACGGCUGUGCAGUAACCUGGACAGGUACAGAAAGAGUAGAGAAAGCUUGCAGUCGUCCACGCUGUUUCGAACGUCCUCUAAUAGUCCUGUCCAGACUCGAUCGAAAGUUUGCAGCGCGGUGUCUGCGCCGUUGAGCAAGAAGAAAUCUGAGUCGUGUCUGUCGCAAAGUUUGCCCGACACAGCUGCGAAAAGUUCAAGUUUCUCGACGGACAGAGGUAGAAGUAGAGUUUGCGCCGAUACUUCUUCCGCUUGGAGAACUGGUUACGAAUAUUCGAUCAAGUCCGACGCGAAACGUGGACUGGACGGCAAAUCAUCUCCCACCGUGAAGAUGACUCCGAGGUAUAUGGCUCCUACCUUGGCGAAAUCAAAGGAGAAGUUGCACACUGGAAAUGGACUGGGUAAUUCCGUGACUUGUUCGAAGAAGACUAACGUUAGGAGUCGAUUGACGAGGAAGGAACAGGAAGAAUCGUCUAGAAGACUCGCCAGGUCAUCCGUUGACCUAUCUUCCGUGGAGAGUAGGAAGCACCAGCUGAGGUGCAAAGAAAAAGGUAGCAAAGACGUUCACACGACUAUCCUGCCAUCGGGAACCAUGGUCAAGAGCUCGACGAUGAUGUAUUCCUCGGCCCUGACUAAUGGAAAGCAGAAGAGUCCGCAAGAUAAAUCUCUGAGGGUGGUGGUGACAGUGUCGUCGAAGGGACAAGAGAUUUUAAGGAAACCAGGAGACCCGACUUUAGCAGGAAAGUCAAUAGCUUCUUCGUUGAAGUCCUCUUCGACUACGUCUUCUCCAUCAGUUCUACGCAGGGCAGUAUUGACAGACGCUAAGAAACCGAGAACAAUAGUCAGGCAACCCGAUAAAAUAGGGUCUAGCAGGGAGUUCACGUCUUCUUCUGAGGCGAUUAGCGAUUCGAGUAAGAAGAAGAGGCAGAGAUCUCACACCGUUCUAAAGUCUCCGAUACAGAAGCCGGAAACGAUAAAAAUCGAUCCUGAUUCGGAUAGCAAGAAAAUGGAAGGUAAGAAAAAAUUGAGGAAAGAUAAAAAUGGAGGGGCUACGAAGGCUAGGAAGUUCGCGAAUGGACAUACGAAUGAUUCGAAAAGUGAACGUAUUAGGAAGAGUAACAUCGAGAACGAGGAGCCCAACAUCAAACAGAGGACUUGCAAACUGGACAAACAGCCAUCAGCGUUAACGAUAGAAGAAAUCAAGAGACAUCACGAAGUUACGCGUUCCGAUACCUUUUUCCAGAAUCUCUUUCUGAGAUCCAGUUCUACGACGGUCUCCAGUGAAAACGUUCCCUGCAGGAGGUCCAUAGUUAGUGAACGAGCCAGAAUAUAUCAAGAGAACAUCAGAGAAGGCAGCAAAUCCGAGCCUUCUCUAAAGUCCCUUAGCAUCUACUUGGCCCACAAGCGUCCUGUGUCGAACUCGAAGUUCAGAAACUGGGAACGAGAGAGUAUAUCUUCCAGGAGUUCAAGUCCAUACGGUGUCAGCUGGCCUGGCAGGUCCGUGUUCCAAAAGGUCAGCAAGUUCGACAGUCUCCUGGGCAUCGAAGACUUUGGAUCGUCGACGAUGCUACGCGAUCCAAGUCCGGACUUGAUAAAAGAGCGCCCGAAGGAGAGAAGCUUGAGCGAACCACCAUUGAAGACGCUGUCGGAAUGUUCGGACUCGAAGCGUUCAUCUUCGCGCACUUCCUCUUCGUCUCCAAUUAGGUCUCCAGCCUGUCGACGCAUACGUUCCUUGAAACAGGAAAGAUCCGACGCUCCUAGCACGAUCGUCGUGAAGAAGGUUAGAGCCAGAAGUGCUGGCGAAGCGGAAGAGCUGCAGGGAUCAAGAUCAAGGUUUGGAUCUAAUUUGUCUCUGACCAGAAGCACGAAUUCUCUUUGCACGUCACCAGUCGAUCGCGAAGAGUACCAUCAGUAUGUUUUGGAGAUGUUGCACGAUAGAAGAAGAUCCGAGAGGUAUAAAGAGCUGCACGAUUUCUAUUCGAGUCUUGAACGAUUGGGCGAAUUGGAGAGGACGUUCUCCUCUAACGAUCUACGACCGAGGAUGAAAAACGAAGAAAUUAUAGAUUACGACAGGUGGAAGAGAGUGAGAUCACAGGAAAAGGCUGAGCUCGAGUUCAGUACUCUUUACGGGAAACUAAGAGCUGUUCAGAAGGAUAAGGACUUUUUGUUUAGUACCAAGGACAUCAGUAAGUUCAAAUGGCACGGUGAUUGCAGCUUAAGAUGCAAAGAACGGUCGGUUGAGAAUAUUAUUCAACAUUUCAAGAAGCUGCAAGCCGAAGGUAGCGAAUUGGAGUCUUCGAGAAGGAGAGACAUACUGUCGCGCAAGGACAUCUAUAAACCGCUUUGGCGUGGCACGUCCGUAAUAAACGUGGCGAGUACGAUGCAGAGAAAGGCAAGGGGAGCUGAUAACGAGAAAUCCUCGGAUCACUUGGAUCAUCCGUCGCUGCAGAGAAGCCUCGGAGGCAGUAAAAAAUUUUGGAGCAGUUUGUCGAUCGAGCAAGUGGCCACUUUGAAGAAACAAUUGAACGAGAUUUAUGGUAGCGAUAAUCUGCAAAGAUCUACACCUUCUACGUCCUCGAAAGUAGACCCCGAACCCACGGAACAACGCGAAGAAAAGGCAGAGGACCCCGAUAAACGCGAGUCUCUGUCGAAGUACGAGAUCGUGGUUCCACCCCCGGUCGAGUCAGCCGAUAAUGUCCGAGAAGAUGGGAAAGGCCUUCACGUACGAUGUCACUCUAUGAUCACGCCAGACGCCUCUCCGUGUGAUGAAAAAUCAUUCGGUGAUCGUCCAGAAUCGACGUUGAAGAGGAGUGACUCUUUCAGCCAAGGUAAAAGCGUGGAAAGGUGCGAAUCCGACAGAUCCGUAGCCACCCCUCCGCCUAUGAGCGAAUUAGAGAAGAAGAGGCUCUCCGUGACGCUGGGCAGAGAAGUUCUGGACAAGGUGUCCCAGAGAAGAUUAUCGAUGCCGCUGGCUCCACGCGAGACUCGAGGUAGCAUAGCAGCUGCUCUGGCUGCCAAGAAAAUACCGAAGGUAUUUCGUUCUUCGACAGCAUCUAGCGUAACCAGCACAUCACCGAGGAGCUGCUACUCCCUGGAAACACCAUGCACCGAAGAUUCCUCGAGAAGCAAAGAGAAGAACGAUUUCUUGCUGGUUCUGACUCCAAACAACAACAGUCCGUCAGACAGACAGCGAGUGGAGAAUGUUCUGGAGGAGUGGUCGAGGAAACCACCUCUUCUGGCAAUAGCAAUACCAGACCCUACGAGUCAGACGAAAGCAGCAGGCGCCAAUUCCGGCAGCGAAAGGGACAGUACAACUGAAAGCUCCGAGACAUCCGUGAGGACAGUGAUCCAACGAAACAUAGAAUCACAGGACGUCCCAGCUAAGAUAGAGUUCUUCGAGAACGUCGACAAGAAGGAAGUAGAUUUUGACCGUGGCAGAAAGGAUCAGACGAGAACGAAGACGAAACCAGGAAGACUUUCCUCCUCGCAAAGCUUCGCUGACCUAAGGGAAUUGUUCGGCGAAACGGAGAGCGCGAAAUACACGACCUUGCCCUUGUCAGGGUGCAGGACACGGUCCAUCUCACCUAGAGAAAUAGUGGACAAGAGAAAAGGAAGUAGCCCUGCUCGCGAAGCGGAUACCGGCACGCGAACCUCGCUCCACUCUUGUUCACGCGACCGUGAAUACGAUAGGCCUCACAGCGUCAGUCCGUGUCGUGCAACGACGCGAUCGAAUUCAUCGUGCAGUCUGGAAAGCAUCUGGCUGCGUAGCUCUUCGCCUGACCCGGACAAGUACUGGCGGGCCUAUUUGAAGCUAGUGAAGAAUGGCACGGUGAGAAGACUCAGGGCCAGGUUCGAGAGUGCCGAGGAUCUUCGCGGAGGCAGAGUAAAGGUGGUCCCAGCACCAAAGAGAUUUCAGAGCGACCCAGAGCUGGCGAGGUGUAUUCUGAGGAAGGUGGACGAGGGGAAACUGAAACCUCACGAGUUCGCGGACGUGGCCUGGUUGCGCCGCAAGUACGAACCCCGCAGAGGAAGGGCUCGUCGCAGGGGCGAGUCUCCACCGAUCCCACGUGUUCCUCUGAGACGAGAAGACCUGGCCAUGCCUCACAUCGACGUUAUCAGCAAAACGGCCGAGCUGAAGGAUUCAUUGGCUACUACGUCCACUGCUACCAGCGCGGUAGCCAGGAAGGCUGAAACCAAAGAGCUGGAAGCAAGGAAACCUGUUGGUCGCAUGAGGAAGAAGUUCGAGAAGUUCGCUAGCCAAAGGACCUCUAUUCUGGGCGAGAUGUUCACCUCGUCGCCGGAUGUGCACGAGCUACGAGAUAUCGCUCCUUAUCUGGCAGGUCGGUGGGUGGCUCACAGGUACCCCAGUCGACGAGAUAACAUGCGUUCGUUGUCCUCGCCGCCAGACCUCGCUGGCAGACAAUCCUCAUCGAGGAGUGGGAUGAGCACCGUUGAGACGAAAACGGGGAUUAACGAGGGGAGUAAAGUGGUGGGGAAGGUACGAUGCGGUUCGUCGAAAGGUCCGUCGUCGAUCUUGAAACAGUCUGACGGUUUUGCCAACCAACCGUUCGAUCCUGAUAAACAUAGGCCGAGGUUUAGGUACCAACCACCUCCUCCGCCUCCUUCGCCAACGGUACGACGAAAAGCCACGUCAUGGUGGUCACCGAUUCCGAUCUACACUGCUCGACCUACCGUCACUUUCGAAGAAUACUCGAACGCACCUCCGCCGCCGCCAAAAUCUCAACACUUCAGAGACGACUGCCAAGAAUCGCCGAGGCGUUAUGUGGAGGGUGAGGUGACGAUUCACUAUCGUUCACCAGUGCGUACAGAGGCAAAAGAACCAUUGAGCGAGGAAGAGCUCGCUCGUCGAAGCGCGGAGAAUAUGCGACGCGUUUAUCAAGAAGAACGUCGUCGCAAAUAUCUCCAGGAACUGCACGACAUCGACUCACGGCGACACACUGACAAUUUCAUACCAUCGCAGAAAUCACCGAUCCCGCUGAACCGUUAUGACGAUUUCGUUGAUGAUCUGAGCCACAGAAGCAGAUCCCAGGAACAAACACCGGAACCCAGGCUCGUGGCAAGGGCACUUUAUAACUUUAUCGGGCAAUCCUCGCGGGAAUUGAAUUUCCGUCGCGGUGACAUAAUAUUCGUGCGUCGCCAGGUAGACAAGAACUGGUACGAGGGUGAACAUAAUGCUAUGAUCGGCCUGUUCCCAUCAAAUUACGUCGAGAUUUUACCUUAUGACGGUAUGCGAACUACACCAAAGAAACCUUACGAGGGCCAAGCCCGAGCUAAAUUCAACUUUGUCGCUCAAACGAAUCUCGAGUUGUCUUUGGCCAAAGGAGAGCUUGUUGUAUUAACAAGAAGAGUCGACGAGAACUGGUAUGAGGGGCGUAUCGCAAACAGAAAGGGAAUUUUCCCCAUAUCUUACGUCGAAGUCAUCACAGAACCUGGUCUUAGAUCAGAGACGCCAAUACAAAACAAACCAGUCGCAUCUCCAGCCGCGCACAGCCUCUUGGCGAACGGAUCAGCUGGAGGGAAAAUGAGUAUGGGGCCCCAUCACUAUAUGCCGUCUAUACCAAUUAAUAUCAACACAACCCAGCCACACUACAAUUCACUGCCACGUAUGGGAGGAAGCAAAUUACAUGUUUCGCAACUGAACGAAGCACUGCACAUCGACACGCACCCUGAACCCAUACCGUAUCGAGCUCUCUACAAUUACCGGCCACAGAACGAAGAUGAGCUCGAGCUGAAGGAAGGCGACACGGUAUACGUGAUGGAAAAAUGCGAUGACGGAUGGUACGUUGGUUCCAGUCAGAGGACCGGCUAUUUCGGCACUUUCCCUGGCAAUUACGUGGAACGAUUGUGAGAAACAACGAGCUGCAUCGAACCGCAGGUUUUGUGUUACCAAAGCACUAAAAAAUCCAACCAAUAACUUAGUUAAUAUAUAACACAACGACGAUAAGGAUCGACCAGACACACGUCGCCAUAGUCUUCCUUUAUUCGCGAAUUUCGAUCUUAACGAUAAAACAAACCAACAUAGCGCGGAUACACACGCAAACGUAUACCUAUACGAUAUAAAAUCGCAACAAACACGCAUGACAGAAUCGCGAAAACGAACCUUAUCGUCCAACUCACCAAACAAAGUAAAAAAAUAACGAAAAAAAAAAAAAAAA